UCAGAAUUAUCAAACCAACCCUUAUUUUCAAGGGGUCAGAUACAAUCAUACGCUCGGGUCGGGCUGGAUGGGUUGGCCCGACCCACUUGACUCAAUACCACUCUCACCACUCUCACUCAGAAAAUUAAAAACAAAAUUAUCAAACCAACCCUUAUUUUCAAGGGUUCAGAUACAAUCAUACGCCCGGGUCGGGCUGGAUGGGUUGGCCCGACCCACUUGACUCAAUACCACUCUCACUCUCACUCUCACUCUCACUCAGAAAAUUAAAAAUAAAAAAAACAAAAAUUAAAAACUCCGGCGCGCGCAGACGGUUAAUCUGAGCUGGUGGAGAACUUCUGGUUACCAGCGCCGCCAGCGCCCUCGUCGGCGUUCUUGAGCGUGACGACAAUCUCCGACAGGAUAGCGCAUUUUGCGCGCUGGUUAUCGUAGCAGCGAUUUGGAGUUUCUGCGUGAGCACCAGGCACAGUUGGAAGAUAGCCGCGAUAAACGCAGUUUUGGUAGGCUAUGCUUGCUUCCAGUUCGCCUGGACAUUCCGCAAGAAACGCAAAAUGAAGAUCUGGUUUACGGCUAUUUCUGCAUUUCUUUUAGUCUUUUGGCUAAUGGUCUUGGCUCUUCACGUCAAUCCAAAUGUGUUUAGCGAUGGAAUCAGCGAUGCCAUUGACGCAAUCUUAGCGGCCCCCCACGAUCUUUGGGAGGGGAUUCGUCACGCAUGGCAUGAUAUUACCAUGGGUUCCCACGCCACCGGGACGCCGUCCCUGACUCCGACGCCGUCCCUGACUCCGACGCCGUCCCUAACUCCGACGCCGUCCCUAACUCCGACGCCGUCCCUGACUCCGACGCCGUCCCUAACUCCGACGCCGUCCCUGACUCCAACGCGGCCCCCGACUCCGACGCAGCCUCUGACCCACGGCACCCCGGAGUCCAACGCCGCCCCGGCUUCCAACGCCCCGGAGUCCACCACCGCCCCUGUUUCCACCGCCAUCCCUGCUUCCAAUGCCCCGGAGUCCACCACCGCCCCUUCUUCCAACGCCAUCCCUGCUUCCCCUUCUUCCAACGCCACCACUGCCCCUUCUUCCAACGCCACCACUACUUCCACCACCACCACCACUAUUGAGAUGGUGGAUAUGUUGGUCUGAUAAAGCUGAGAGAAGAAUGUGCUAUCUUGAGGAUUUUUGUUAAUAGAUUCACUUUUGCUUUAGUGUCUAUACAAUUUUUACACAAAUUCAAUGCUGAUCAAUCACGAUACCUUUCUUGUAUAAUGGGACUUCUGUAUUGGCCGCAAAAGACUGAGCCAUUUUUCUCAUUUCCUGUAUAAUGGGAAUUCUCUAUUGGCAAUAUAGACUUGUUUUCAA